AUGAACACUAAUUUUUUGAGGAGAAGGAAAUUUAGACAGGAGAAGGUAGCAGGCCUGUGUCCAGCUGGUGUUAGACCUCCUAUGUCCCCUUCCCAGUUGGCCCCCUCACUGCCUCUCCUACUGGGGCCUUUCCCCAGCCCACUUAAAGCCCCAUAUACUGAGAUGUCCCUGUUCAACAGCAGCAUUACAUCACAUGAACAUGGCUCAGAAAAACAUGCAGCUACAAUUCAAUUUACCCACAAGCAAAGCUCCAGUACAAGGGAGGAGCAAGCUGGGUUGCGGCAGCCUGGUGUUAGGCAGCCUCCACCUCUAAUCCCGUUGGGCCUCUCACUGGGUAAGCGGUUGGGACGUAUCCCCACUGCAUCAGGAGUCACAUGUACUACAGUGUCCCAACAUAACAGUGUUAGGUCAUCAUAUGAAGAAGGGUCAGAAAAGUCUGCAGCUAUAAUUGGGUCUCCCCACAAGAAAAGAUCCUGUACAAGGGAGGUGCAAGCAGAGCUGCGGCAUGCUACUGUUAAGCAGCCUCCACCUCUAAUCCCAUUGGGCCUCUCACUGGGUAGGCGGUUGGGACCUGUUCCCACUGCAUCAGAAGACACGUCUACUACAGUGUCCCUACAUAACACAGCCAGUUCGUCAUAUGAAGAAGGAUCAGAAAAGUCUCCAGCUAUAAUUGGGUCUCCCCACCAGAAAAGCUCCUGUACAGGUACCAGUACAUCACAUGAAUUUGGCUCAGAGAAGGGUGCAGUUACAAUUGGUUCUAGCCACCAGCCAAAAUCAUGUAUGGGGGAGGAGCAAGCAGGGCUGUGGCCAGUUGGUGUUAGGCAACCUGCACCCUCAUCCCAGUUGGCACCCUCACCGCAUCCACAGCCAGGGCAGUGCCCUAUCCCACGGAAAGUCAUGUAUAUGGUAACACCUGUGUGCAACAGCGCAACAGAGGGUGCAGCUACAAUUGGUUCUACCCACGAGCAUGGAUCCAGUACAGGGGAGGAGCAAGCAGGGCUGUGGCCAGCUGGUGUUAGGCAACCUGUAACCUCAUCCCAGUUGGCCCCCUCACUGCCUCCACAGCGAGGGCCUCCCCCCAUCCUGCAGAAAGCUAUGUAUACGGUAUCACCUGUGUGCAACAGCAGCAGGACAUCACAUGAUGGUGGCUCAACAGAGGGUGCAGUUACAAUUGGUUCUACCCAUGAGCAUCGAUCCAGUACAGGGGAGGUGCAAGGAGGGCUGUGGCGAGCUGGUGUUAGGCAACCAGUACCCCCAUCCCAGUUAGCCCCCUCACUACCUAAACAUCUAGGGCGUCUCCCCGUCCGGCGGAAAGCCAUGUAUAUGGUAUCAGCUGUGUGCAAUAGUUCAACAGAGGGUGCAGCUAUAAUUGGUUCUACCCACUACCAUGGAUCCAAUACAGGGGAGGAGCAAGCAGGGCUGUGGCCAGCUGGUGUUAGGCAACAUGUAGCCCCAUCCAAGUUGGCCCCCUCACGGCCUCCACAGCUAGGGCGGCACCCAAUCCCGCGGAAUGUCAUGUAUACGGUAUCAUCUGUGUGCAACAGUGCAACAGAGGGUGCAGCUACAAUUGGUUCUACCCAUGAGCAUGGAUCCAGUACAGGGGAGGAGCAAGUAGGGCUGUGGCCAGCUGGUAUUAGGCAACCUGUACCCCCAUCCACGUUUGCCCCCUCACUACCUUCACAGCUAGGGCGGUGCCCCAUCCCACAGAAAGUCAUGUAUAUGGUAUCCUCUGUGUGCAACAGCGCAACAGAGGGUGCAGCUACAAUUGGUUCUACCCACGAGCAUGGAUCCAAUACAGGGGAGGAGCAAGCAGGGCUGUGGCCAGCUGGUGUUAGGCAACCUGUACACUCACCCCAGUUGGCAUCCUCACUGCCUCCACACCUAGGGCAGUGCCCUAUCCCACGGAAAGUCAUGUAUAUGGUAACACCUGUGUGCAACAGCACAACAGAGGGUGCAGCUACAAUUGGUUCUACCCACGAGCAUGGAUCCAGUACAGGGGAGGAGCAAGUAGGGCUGUGGCCAGCUGGUAGUAGGCAACCUGUACCCCCAUCCACGUUUGCCCCCUCACUACCUUCACAGCUAGGGCGGUGCCGCAUCCCACGGAAAGUCAUGUAUAUGGUAUCCUCUGUGUGCAACAGCGCAACAGAGGGUGCAGCUACAAUUGGUUCUACCCACAAGCAUGGAUCCAAUACAGGGGAGGAGCAAGCAGGGCUGUGGCCAGCUGGUGUUAGGCAACCUGUACACUCACCCCAGUUGGCCUCCUCACUGCCUCCACACCUAGGGCAGUGCCCUAUCCCACGGAAAGUCAUGUAUAUGCUAACACCUGUGUGCAACAGCACAACAGAGGGUGCAGCUACAAUUGGUUCUACCCACGAGCAUGGAUCCAAUACAGGGGAGGAGCAAGCAGGGCUGCGGCCAGCUGGUGUUAGGCAACCUGUACCCUCAUUCCAGUUGGCCCCCUCACUGCCUCCACAGCGAGGGCCUCUCCCCAACCUGCAGAAAGCUAUGUAUAUGGUAUCACCUGUGUGCAACAGCAGCAGGACAUCACGUGAUGGUGGCUCAACAGAGGGUGCAGCUACAAUUCGUUCUACCCACGAGCAUGGAUCCAGUACAGGGGAGGAGCAAGUAGGGCUGUGGCCAGCUGGUGUUAGGCAACUUGUACCCCCAUCCAAGUUGGCCCCCUCAUUGCCUCCACAGCUAGGGCAGUGCCCUAUCCCACUGAAAGUCAUGUAUAUGAUAUCACCUGUGUGCAACAGCGCAACAGAGGGUGCAGCUAGAAUUGGUUCUAGCCAUGAGCAUGGAUCUAGUACAGGGGAGGAGCAAGCAGGGCCUUGGCUAGCUGGUGUUAGGCAACCUAUACCCCUAUUCCAGGUGGCCCCCUCAUUGCCUCCACAGCUAGGGCCACUCCCCAUCCCACGGAAAGCCAAGUAUACGCUAUCAUCUGUGUGCAAGAGCAGCAGUACAUCACAUGAUGGUGGCUCAAUAGAGGAUGCAGCUACAAUUAGUUCUACCCACGAGUAUGGAUCCAGUACAGGAUGCAAUACCAAAAUACGAGUUCAUUCGUCUGGAAAUCGUCCAGUGAGUGUAUUAAAAUUACUGGAUGCAACACCUUAG